CUGUGAGCGCCUCCAUCCUCUCCAAGAGGCGGAGACCCACGAGACACGGCACCACCUGCAGAUGUCUGCAGGGAGCAAAGGUUCUAGCCCUGGGAGAUAUAUUGUGGGACCUGAAGCCGUGGACUGCGCCUCCAGCACUGCCCGGGAUGCAAGAAGCUUCAUGGACUGUGAGAACGGUGGUCAUCCGUGGCUCCAAGUCUGCCUGGAAAACAGCUUCCCCGGCAGCUGGGACAGUGAGGGCAGCUCUGGGGACUGCAGCUCACCUGUGGUGAUGCCUUCAGCAUCCCAGCGCCCAGGCAUUUCCUCGGCAGGAAUCAUUAACUCUGCUUCACCAGUGUUAUUUGUAAGGCCUGCUUGUGGGGAGCAUACUCAUCUCCUGGCCAAGGGCUUUGGCCCGGCAAGUGCCUGUACUGAUCAGGGCCAGCCACCUCUGGAGCAGCCUGACUGCGUUUUUUCACCACAGCACUUAGUCUUGCUUUCCUCUGGACCUUCUCACAGUUUGCUUAUAGAACACCAAGGACACCGACUGCUUUCCCUGGUGUCUGCUUUCCAAGUGUGGAUGAAAAUGGACCAGCCUGAGUUACAGCCAGUCAGGCUGAUGGUGGAGAAAGUAGUCAGGAAAAUAGCAGAAAGCUGUAGAGCUGAAACAGACCUUGGGCUAGAGGUCUUCUGCCUUAUACUGGAUGAGAAGAAUUUCCUCAAGACAGCUACUUCUAUGAAGUGAAAUAUGCUGCUAUUUCAAGCCUGUUUUGAUGCUUGGGCUCUUGAGCCUCUUGGAUGUUGAUUGUUAGAGCAAUGUUUUCACCUUAGGACAAAACCUUGUUGCUUCAGCUCCAUAAAGAGCACGGACACUUAUCUGGGAAGAACUAGUGCAAGGCAUGCAACCAGCUUGCUGAACCAAGUGUGCCCCAACGGAAAGGUAGCACUGCCAACAAGGUAAAUAGUAAUCUGCUGGUUUGGCUUCCUAAAUCAGGACAGGGUGAUCAGAUUAGCACCAGUGCUAACA